UAGCAUCGUCUGCCGAUAAAAGUAGGAAUGUGAGCAAUAUAGCGGUUCUUCUAUGCUCCGGGUGACUUAGUUUCAUUCCUCACACGUUAUAUUCCGGAUUAUCUGAUGCCCGGACUACAUAACUACCGCCAUAGACAACGUUAGCUUCUCUGUUUUUCCUCACAAGAAAUGCAGCAGACAAGGAGACUCUAACAUGCAACAUAUGAAAAGAUCUCAAACAUUGAAUCUGCUAUCUUGGACUGGCUGCAGGACAACAACCAACAUGUUUAUGAACAGAGGGACAACCUGGACUGAAGAAAACCUAAAGCAACAGAACAUUUAAGGACAAAAGCAACCCGUUUCUUACUAUGUGAAUGGACACAUUGUGAAGCCUACUUUGUUUUUUUUAACUCAAAUAUGUAGGGGCUGAAUCCAGACCUGUGUCACCAUUAAGUCCCUGCGUUUAGCACGUGUGAAGAUAAGCGAGGAGGAGAAUAGACUGCGAGGUGUGGUGGUCUGCAGGAUCAGCCCCUGAAGAUGCUCCAGGCUGGUAACUACUCACUGGUGCUGCUGAUCCAGCUGACACUGUUGGCCUAUGACCUCUUCGUCAACUCCUUCAGUGAACUCCUGAGAGGAGCGGCUGUUAUCCAACUAGUGCUUUUCAUCAUCCAGGACAUCGCCAUCUUGUUCAACGGGAUCAUCAUUCUGCUGAUGAUGUUCAACACCUACGUGUUCCAGGUGGGCCUGGUGUCCCUGCUGCUGGAGAGGUUCAGGGCUCUGCUGGUGUUCUCCGCUCUUUACCUGACGCUCAGCAUCUGCUUCCACUGCUGGGUGUUGAACCUUAGAUGGUUAGAGUCAGACCGUUUCGUUUGGACAGAUGGUCUUCAAGCCCUUUUUGUUUUCCAGAGAACAGUGGCAGUGAUGUAUUACUACUUAUACAAACGAACAGCAGAGUACAUGGGAGACCCGAGGCUGUAUGUGGACUCUCUGUGGCUUCGGGACGCCUUUGCCCGAGGUCGUCAGUGAAAAGGAGUUUUGAGUUUUUAAGAGAGAUGUAAAAGGAUCUGCGAAGAAAGGAUCUUCUGACAUAACCGCAUCAUCAUCAGCUAUUCUGAAUUUUAGGGUAUUCUUAUGUCUAAAAGAAACAAGCUAAGUCUCAACCAGUUUGCGUUGACUGGCUUUUCGUAGCCAAUCAAGCAAUUGGUUAAAUGGUUUACAAUGGCAGGUAACUCAACCACAGUAGUAUUGCAUUAAGCGGGAUUGUCUGUUAAUUCUACGUGGCCUUUGUAAAUCAAUUUGAAUUGCAGACAGAAUGUAACACAUUGGAAGAAGUAGAUGGGAUGUUUGUUUUGAUCUAUGCUAAUGCUCCAUUUGUAGAACAUGUAGUAAUAAUUUUGUUGGAAAUGUUCUGUUAUUCCCCCACAAAGGAGGAAACAUGUUGACUUGUUUUGCCUUAUGUAAGGUUAGUAUGCUGUUUACAUGGUUGAUGUAAUUUUAAUAAGCCAAUUUCAUGUGAAUCCAGUUGUCUUUUAGUUGGAAUCUUUGAAUAGUGUUCCCGCUGUUUUUAUUAAAUAAUCCUUCUCUAAUCCCGGUGUAAUCCUUCAUCACUAGGAUAGUCAGUAUUAUCCCGUAGACACGGUGAAACAGACUGCUCUAUUUUUAACAAAGAUUAAUCA